UCCCUGGAUGGUUCUACUCUGCCCUUCCUCGUGCUGUCUCUCCUAGUCGGAACUCCGGUUUCAGGACGACGUCGAGGCGCGUGAUCGUCUCUCCCCCACCGUUAGGAAACGCGGCCAGGGAACCAAUCGGAGCCGCGCUUCCGGCUACGGUGACGGCCCAAUGGGCGAACACCGGCCACGGAUAGACGCUGACGAUCGCUGAUUUUGACAGUCGACACACGACUACGAUAGUAGUACACCGUAGUGCCGCUCGCUGCCUUCCAUUCUUCUCCCGGCCGCUUCGAUCGCGGAGAGGAACGCAACUCUUCGAACGAAUCGGUUCGAAUCGGUUCGAAAAAGAAUUUUCGCGUUUUUUCCCUUUCUUUUUUUUUUUUUCCUCCUUUCUUUCUAGAAACUCGAUCCGUCCGUCCGUCGGUCUGUGAAAAAAUUCAUGUUUCUUUCGGGACUCGCACGCGCGCGAACGGAGGAGGAGGACAGGAGGAUUUAUAAUCUCGGUGUGGUUCGAUAAAAUAAACUCGAUCGUCGAUUUGUUCGCAAUCACCGCUGCGCUCGCUCGUGCGUUCGAUCAAUCGCUGGUGGACGAGGAGUUUUAAGUUUCUUUUUCAAGGGGGGGAGAGAGAGGAGGAAGGAAGAGGGUGGCACGAAUCACGGGGACCCGGUCACGUGGCCGCCGAUGAUUGUUUACAGGGAUUGACGUGGUGGAUGAAGGGAAUCCCGGAGAAGAGGGAUUCGCACGUUUGUCCAUCGAUCUUCGAAUCGUAAUAUAUAUAAAGGGAUCUUCGUUAAAUCAAGCUGGAGAAGGAUAAUAUCGAUCCGGCUGCUCAUCCUCUGUCCGGAUUCUCUCCCUCUCUUCCCGGAUUCUCUCUGUGACAAGUGGCAAAGAAGGCGGGAUAAAAUUACGGGCGCAGAUGCGGGGAGACAGAUCGAGACAGUGAUCGAGGAGCCUCGGUAGUGCGCCUCCUUUCUUUAUCUCCUUGUACUCGGACGGUGUUUCUAUCGAGCCCCGUUUAUUAUUAUUAUUAUUAUUAUUAUUAUUAUUACACCUUCGUUGAAUAACUCGUCGAGAAGAAUAAGAAUCGAAAGGAGGGAAUUUCUCGGGAAAGGAUUUUGGAGGAGCGAGUGAGUGAAAAAAGUAAGGAUCCCUGGGGCUGGUGGAAGAGAGGAAGGGGAGAGGUGUAUUUAAAUGCUCGCGUGAAACCGGAAACCGGAUGAGCUGCGCCAUGGAGUACCAGCAAUUGGCGCCACCGCCGGUACCGGGCGUGCUGCACCAAGCGCAUCAUCAACAGCAUCAACAGCAGCCGGUGCAACCGCCCCAUCCUCACAUCGUGGUCGCGCCUGCGCACCAGCAACAACCCCAACAACCGCCGCCACCACCGUUACCGCCCACCUCGCACGGCCAUCAGGUGCACGCGCCACUUCCGCCCAUCCACGAGGACAGCACCAGCUCGCGUUGGAGCCAAUACCAGCACCUCUGGAGGCAGCACCACGUCUACGUCAAUGGAAAACAAGGCAAAGAUGGACCGGAAGAGAAAAAGGACGCUGAUGGAGAAUUAUGGGGCAACGUGGAAGCGCAGGCCGCCUUCCUCGGCCCAAAUCUAUGGGACAAAACUUUGCCCUAUGAUGCCGACCUGAAGGUAUUGAACCAUUACGUCGAUCUCGACGAGUUUCUCUCCGAGAACGGUAUUCCCGUGGAUGGAGUGGCCGGCGGCGGACAAGGGACGAUGCAGAGCGGACAACUGCACAAAAUGAACAACACCGAAACACCAGGGCACCAAGGCCCAGCCGGCCUCCACUUAGAGCCGGUCACCAAACGCGAGAGAUCACCCUCGCCGAGCGAGUGUUGCUCACCCGACACUAUGAACCCUCCCUCGCCCGCGGAUUCCACGCUCUCGAUGGCCUCAUCGGGGCGAGACUUCGAUCCACGCACCCGGGCCUUCUCCGACGAGGAGCUGAAACCCCAACCGAUGAUCAAGAAAUCACGGAAGCAGUUCGUUCCGGAUGACCUGAAGGAUGACAAAUACUGGGCGCGUCGUAGGAAGAAUAACAUGGCAGCGAAACGAUCACGGGAUGCACGUCGCAUGAAGGAGAACCAGAUCGCUCUCAGGGCCGGCUUCCUCGAGAAAGAAAAUAUGGGUCUACGACAGGAACUGGACCGGUUAAAGAACGAGAACAUGCUGCUGCGUGACAAGCUGAGCAAAUACACGGACGUCUAACAGUGCGCCGGGCAAGCAACAGCUCGUCGUGGUAUUAAAAAAGAUGCAAACACGAGCGUUUGUUGUGCCAGCUCCUCCCACACACACUAUAGUCGCAGCACUUAGGUUUUUCGCCAGUUCGGAUGAAAGAAGAGUUAAAAAGAAAAAAGAAAAAAAAGAAAAAAAACGAAAAAAAAAAAUGAAGAAGAAGAAGAAGAAGAAAAGAAAGGAGCGCGCCGAAUCGCAAGACCAUCCUCGACGAAUUCGAACAAACCUACCCCUCCCCUACCCCCUUUUCCCUAGACGAUCCCCUAGAAGAUAUUCCUUGGACGAAACUUCUCCUAUUCACACCACAUCUUUUCCUCUUCUUUUCUUCUCCCUUCAUACACCAAUAUUUCUUUAAAUCCGUUCCCUCCCUCUUCUUCUCAGUUCCCUUUUUCCCUCCCCCUCCUCCCAGUGCUCCUUUCUCCCUUCGAAAUUCACCUUAUCCCUCAAAAAAAAAAAAAAAUGUACAUAGUUAUAUGUAUAGUUAGAUUAUAUAUAUAUAUGUAUAACAUGCGCGCGCGCGCAUACAUACACGGCCGUGUGUAUGCCGUGUGUCUGUAAAAGUAUGACGCUCUGUGCGCGCGUGUAACACGCGCGACCGCAUGCACACGUGUAUGUAUUUAUAUAUAUAUAUACACGCGUAUUAUUACAUACCAAGAAGAGGUGUAUAGUCGGGUAUAUUAACUUCGCUGCAACGCAUUAUCAAGCAUUAUAUGUAUACACAUAUAUACAAGAAGAGACGCGUUACGUAUAUAUCUAUAUACAUAAAAAGAAAAAAAAAAAAAAAAAAAAGGAGACAUAUACGCAUACACGUAUACACGCGGAGCAGCAGACCGUGAAUUAGUUUAGUGUGCGUGCCAGAUGAAUAAUGUAUAAACAACAGUAUGUGUACAGGUAUUCACCACGAGACACUUGGAAACUUUUCCUUUUAACGCGAGGCAUGUUAAUCAAGUCAAGUGAACGCUUUCGAUCGAAUCGUAUCCGUAAGGAGAUUUAACAUGAUGAACUCUCUGGGGACCUUGUCGAAGGGAUGGCAAAUUGUUAAUUUGUACUUUGUCGAAAGAAAUUAGAUUGAUUCGUUAAUUAGAGAAUUAUCAAUGUUUUGAAUAUAAUAGUAAUAUGUACGAUAUCUCUUUUACUUUUUUUAUAACGAAUCGUUAUAUUUUUAUUAUGAAACGCGUUAUGUUAUUUAUAUUAUUGUAUUAUUCGUAAAGAACCCCACCUGAAGUUAGUUCUAAGAGAUUUUUUUUUUUUAACAAAGAAACGAUUGAAAUAACAAGUUUCCCUUGUUACAUUUUCCGGUGAAAUUAAAGGAAAAGCGAUUAUGAUAUAUGAUAUAUGAUAAUGUUUAUUAUGUUAAAAGUGUCUCAACUGUACCAGAAACAUCUGGCAUCUACGCGAUAACUGCCUCAUAAACUGAGCUGGAGCUAAUUAGGAUAAUACAAUAAGUGAAAGAGAUGUACGAACACGUAAGCACAGACAGGCGCGCGUAUGAAUGAUCGAUAGUUGGAAAAGAAAAAAGAAAAAUGGCCGCGAGCGGUCCUUACGCGGCUAUUUAAAUCACGCGCUGACUCUCGAGCUUUUGUUUCGUUCUUGUACAAUGCGGCCCUCAGGAUCUGAUUGCGGAUAAAUUCUCGAUCCAUACGUAUUUUCUCUCGUUGAUCUGACGUGUUUUCUUUUUUUUUUUUUUUUGAACGGCCCUAAAGAUUUUAAGAUUUUUUUUCCUCAACCACGCCAAGUAGUACAAUAACUAGCAUUAUUGUACCUAGACAUAUGGCCUGCCUUGAAACAUGUCACGAGCUUUAAAAGAUUGUCCAGUGAAUAUCGGUUGAAUAAAACAUUUUUUCUAAUUUUCGAAUAAUCGUCGGAUAAUCAACGGGAGAAGGGACGGAGAGAGGAAAGAAUUAUCCGUGAUCGGUAAUUUGUUAAGAAAAAGAAGAAUGAGGAAGAAAAAAAAAAAAAAGGAUAAAU